AUGUUGCCGCACAGACCACUAGCAGGAACAGGUGAAGAGGAGGGACCACAGGGGUCCAUCAGGGUGAACGUGGAGCUACAGUACAAGCUGGGAGAGAAGACCGAGGCACGGCUGCAGGAGAAGGGGGCAUGGUCUAUCGAAGAGGUCACCAUUAGAGAGCAUUACUACGACACAGAGAGCUUCCACCUGGCUUCUCAGCAGACCUGGCUAAGCAAACAGGGCAGUCAGUGGAGAAUGAUCAUAGGUAACAAUCCAUACUCUUCCAACAAUAUGCCACCAGAGCCAGAGAGUCAGGCUGCUGGCUCUGGAUGUCCCUCUACAGUCUGGGGAGAGAAGCUAUGUGUGGAUAGAGAUGAAACAGAAGGGCCAAAGGGCUGUGAGGACAACCCACUUUCUAUUCCAGAGAUAGGACAGAUCCAGAGCCAGCCCUGUCCUCCUGCACCCCAGUACAGGGAGCUGACUGGCCACACUCCCAUCAUCCAGCACCUGGCUCACUGCUUAGGGGUCCCAGUGAGAGAGCAGGAGAGCUGCAGCAGCACUGAGGCCAUGAAGGCCUUCCUGGAGCUGGCUGGGAUCCAGAGUUAUGGCAGCUGGACAAGUGCGAGGAGGCUGGAGUACAAGCUGCCUGGUGAUGACUGCACACUGGUGGUGCAGAAGAACCACAGCGUGGGAGGAUCUGCAAACAAUGAAACUGCACUGCUGUCCAUGAGGGCAGACAUUUUACAUAUUGGCUAUGAACUGGAGAAGAUGGAAAAAGUGGCUGCAGAGCUUGACCUAAGGCCCUUAUCUCCCAACUGACCACGUUACAAGCUACUGUGUAUGGUUAUCUAAGCGUUUCAAACAAAAGUUCAUGGCAAGAGGACAACUGACCCAAAUUAUUAAAUGUUUAUCUAGGUUGGUGUCUAAUCUAUUUUACAGUUUAGGAGCGUUAUUUUCAUCGUAUGCAAGUCAUCAUGUGGAUGUUGUUAGUAGGCCCACCUACGAAUGAUAACAGCAUGCACAUGAUGAUCAACGUGUUGCAUGAUGCACUUGCUUUUGUGUUGCGCGAGAGAAAUCAUUAUCGCAAUGCCUGCGGAUAAAAGUCAGUAGCUACGUU